AUAUAGAUCAUAAAUUCCUCCAAGUUUUUCAUCUCAAACAAACAAUUUCAUUUUAUUACAUUCAAAAUGGAAACAAAAAGCUCAUACAUUUUCACCUUAAACGCGGUCCUCGUGACCGUUCUUCUCUCUCUUCCCGUUGCCCGCUCGGGCGGCGGGUCGGAGCCGAUUCCGGCGGACGCCUCCCAAAUAAACAGCUGGUUCAACAAGAACGUCGGGGAUGCGGCUUCCCGGAAAGCCACCUUAGCGCCGGAGCUUGCGGCUGCGGAGGCCAAUCCGAAGGUGAUCAAGGUGAGGGCCGACGGGAGCGGCGACUUCAAGACGAUAAACGACGCGGUCAAGAGCAUCCCCGACGGGAACAAGAACCGCGUGAUCGUGUCGAUCGGCCCCGGGAAGUAUAAGGAGAAAGUGACGGUCGGGGCGAACAAGCCGUUCGUCACGCUCCGCGGCGACGCGGGCAACAUGCCCACGAUCGUGUACGACGACACCGCGAAGAAGAGCAAAGGGGUCGUGUACAGCGCCACCCUGUCCGCCGAAUCCGAUUACUUCAGCGCCGUUAACCUAAAAGUCGUGAAUACUGCGCCGAGGCCGGACGGGAAAAUGGUCGACGCGCAAGCGGUGGCGUUAAAAAUAAUCGGGAAAUACGCAUCGAUCUACAACUGCAAACUGUACGGAUUUCAGGAUACCCUAUUUGAUGACAAGGGCAAACAUUUCUACAAGGAUUGCUAUAUUGAAGGAACCUACGAUUUCAUAUGGGGCAGCGCCGCAUCCAUUUAUCUGAACACGGAGCUGCACAUUAUUUCGGGGGAUCCUCUGGCUGUGAUCGCCGCGAAUGCGCGGUCGGCAUCGGCGGAGCCCAACGGUUACGUUUUCGCGCACUGCAAAGUCACGGGCACCGGAGCAAUGGGGUACCUAGGGCGGUCAUGGUACCCUUACGCUAGGGUUGUGUACGCCUUUUCUGAUUUGGGCGAUGCUGUCAAUCCCGACGGGUGGUACACCGGCACCGGCAAAGAUAACAAGACUGUGUAUUUUGGAGAAUAUAACAACAAAGGGUCGGCUGGGAAAUUCGAUAAGCGGGCGUCGUUUGCUAAGAAGUUGUCCGACGCAGAAGUUAAGCCGUUCAUAAGCCUCGAUUUUAUACAGGGUUCUACUUGGCUGCUCCCCCCUAGUUAAUUAAUUCAUUUUUUGGAUUAAUUACAAAAACACAGUUAUUAUUAAUACGUUUUGUUAUAUUUGUUGUAAACACAUUUGUGAACUGCCAUUUAUGUAGAACUGUACUAAGCAAAAUAUAUAUAGACUACAUAUAUCAGAUUAGUUAGGAAUAAGAUACGAUAUAAAACCCUACUUCCGCGUGUAUUAAGUUCUUCUUUAUCAAUAAACUGAGUUUUCUUCUCUCUGUAUCAAUGUCAAGUUCAUGAGUUAUAGUACAAAGUUAUCAAUUAG